AUGCAAGCUCGAAAAGAGAAGCUCAUGAACCAAAUUCGUAACGAGAUCGCUAUCAACGGUGCUCAGGAACUCAUAAACAAAAUAAACGAAAAGUGCUUUGCGAAGUGUAUUACGAAGCCUGGGUCGUCGUUAUCUGGUUCUGAAGAGACGUGCCUUUCGAGAUGUAUGGAGAGGCAUAUGGAAGCUUUCAACAUUGUCAGCAGGACAUAUCACAGCCGACUCGCAAAAGAGCGCGACGAGAACACUUUCUCCUAA